GUGUAAUUGCCGAAAGGGUCCGCGCCAGUCGCCUGCCACUGCCAGCUACGCGUCUCUCCCGUUACUUACACAUUUGUCGUGCUAGUGAGAAAUUUGUUAGUGACAUUUUUGAAUAUUUUUUUGUGCUGAUAUCCGUUAUUUUUCAGGAAACGGAAUGGAAGAGACUCCUACAAAAAAGCAAGAAGAUGUAACACAAACAGCUGAAGCCAAAGAUUUACCCACACCUUACUCCACAGACGAGAACUAUGGCAAUUACAGAAAACUAGACGAGGCUGAAAUCGAACUAUCGAAUAAACAAAACGAUAGUACAAAGAACUUGAAAGAAAACGGAGAAACAAAAACAAACAAUGAAGAACCUCAAACAACUGACGAAACUAAGACAAUCAAUGAUGACUGUAAGACACCCAAUAGUGAACUUAAAACAACCAAUGAAGGUGAUGAAACGAAUAAUGAAGACCUCCACGAGAAGAUGUAUAAUUACGUACAAAAUAUCAUGAUGUCGAAAUCCGGGACGGACUUGACUAUAAAUGAGAAGAAUGGGAACGACACUGGCCUACUUCCUGAAUCCACCACAGUUGCUAGGUUUUCGCCGAUUUGGAAACAGAGCCUGGCAGCGUCAGCUUCGAUCCUGCUGACGUUCACAGCUGGACUGACGUCGGGCUACUCCGGUAUUCUACUGCCGCAAUUAAGACUGCCGGGGAGUGCCAUUCCUUAUGAUGAAACCACUGGUUCUUGGAUUGCCGCAAUGGCAGCCCUGCCGAUGGCUCCGGGAUGUCUUAUCUCCGGAUGGAUGAUGGAAAAAUUUGGACGCAAGACCUCGCACUACAUGGUCGCUGCUCCAUUCCUCCUCGGUUGGAUCCUGAUCGCCUGCGCCAAGGAUUUAUCUCUUAUGCUUCUUGGGAGAUUUUUUACUGGACUUUGCGUCGGAUUACUGGGUCCAUUAGGUCCGGUUUACAUUGGAGAAACUUCGGAUCCGAAAUAUAGAGGCUUCUUCCUUGCAGGGGUGUCCUUGGCUAUCGCCGUAGGCAUACUUGUAGCUCACAUCAUUGGAACAUUUAUGACUUGGCAAUGGACUGCCACAAUUUGCUGCAUUUUCCCUGUAUUAUCUGUGGGCCUACUUAUGCUAGUCCCUGAAAGCCCUACUUGGCUGAUUUCUAAAGGACAAACCGAGGAAGGUGUCAAAUCUUUCCACUGGUUAAGAGGUUAUGACGAAGCAGCCAAAAUUGAACUCAAAGGUUUAGUUGACAAACAAAAGGCCAUAGAUUCUGAAGCCAAAAUGACUUGGAAAGAAAAGCUUGUUAGUUUGAAAAGCCCAGAGUUAAUGAAGCCAUUGUUUAUAAUGAUAGUUUUCUUUAUAACUUGCCAAUUUUCUGGUGUGAAUGCUGUAGCAUUUUAUUCUAUAGAAAUAGUUGAAAAGGCUGUCGGCAAAGGCAUGGACCAUUACGUGGCCAUGUUAGUGAUAGACUCACUAAGAGUUGUCAUGUCUGUUGUAGCCUGUGUUAUUUGUAAAUUAUAUGGAAGAAGACCAUUAUGUUUUAUAAGUGGUAUUUUUACAGCUCUUUCCAUGGUUGGCUUGUCCACAUACCUUUACGCAACUGAAGGUGCAGAAACUAAUAUGUCGUGGUUGCCAUUAUCUUGCCUUCUGAUUUAUAUUACAGCUAUAUCGAUAGGUUUUGUGCCAUUACCGUGGAUUAUGUGUGGUGAAGUGUUUCCUACUAGAGUUAGAGGGUUAGGUUCUGGCAUAAGUUCGGCUACAACUUUUGCCUCCUUCUUUAUUGUAGUAAAAACCGCUCCAGGUAUGAUGACCAACCUUGGGGAAGUGGUGACGUUCCUUAUCUAUGGAAUCAUAGCCCUUGUAGGUACCGUUAUUCUGUACUUUAUUCUACCAGAGACAAAAGGUAAAAGUCUUCAAGAAAUAGAAGAGAAAUUCCGCAGUGGUAAAAAUAAUGUACAUGUUGCGUAAAUUAUUUUAAUUAUUUUAUUAUUCAUAAUAAGAAAAGACAUUUCUAAACUAUGUAUUUGUAUUAAGCAAC